AUGAAGAAUAAACCAUUUCGUCACAAAGAAACAAAUACAUUUCAGUUUAAAACAUUUUCUGAAAGAAUAAAUGAAAUUGAUGUCGAUAUAUUUCACCGUGUUGCACAUCGUAAUGAAGAGAAUGAUGAAGAAGUUGAAACAUAUUUUCAUCAAACACUCGAGAAAUGGAAUUUGCUUAACCUCACGGAAGGUUAUUGCUGUUUCAAAAAGAAAGUUCGUGAUAUUGUAACACUUCCACAAUUGGUUAAUCAGAAACAAUUUGUAAUAGAUACAUUAAUAGAAUAUUUAGAGAAGAAAGAUGUUUUAUUUUUGCAACCAAUUUUAGAAUUAGUUGUAGCUGUAUGUAAAGAUUUACAAAAGGAUUUUUAUGAAUGUUUUCCUAGAUUUUUAACUAUCAUUAUUGAUUUAUUACAAACUAAAGAUACAGAACAAAUAGAGUAUACAUUUACAUCAUUAGCUUAUUUAUUUAAAUUUUUAUGGCGGUAUCUAGUUAAAAAUAUAAAGACUAUACUUAAUCUAUUGUUACCAUUAUUAGCAGAUACUCAGCCAAUUUAUAUAAAUAAUUUUGCAGCUGAAAGUUUUGCUUUUGUGGUACGCAAAAUUAAAGAUAAAGAUUCCUUUUUAAAUACAAUAUUACACAUUUUGAAAAGUAAUCCUAAAGGAAUUCCUGGAUGCGGUAAAUUAUUAUUUGAAGUAAUAUCUGGUAUACCAGGCCAAUUUCACUCAUGUGCAGAACAAAUGCUUCUAUUAUACUUCAAUGCAUUGCAUAAUGAAUUUCUAAAUCAAAGUUUAAUGUUUAAAUUAUUGGGAGAAAUUAUUAACUGUUUGCUACAAAGUAUACAUCCACAAAAAUGUCAUUUAUUUUGGUCUGUAUUGUUAAAUGUUAUGGAUAAAUCUAUUGAGAAGACAAAACAAUUCCAAUUAACAACUGGCAGAGAGAAAAGUUUGAUCCUUUUGAUACAAUUAUUGAAUAUAAUUAUUACUUAUAGAAAUGGAAAAAUGGUCAUAGAUCCUGUACCAUUGAUUAAGAAAUUGGUACAGAUUUUAGAUAUUUUUGAAAAUGAGAAUGAUGUAAUACAAGAAGUUAUAAAUGUAUCUGUUGCUAUUCUAUUAGCAACCAAUGUUAAAUUAAUGCAGGAAACUUCUAGUCAAAUAUUAUUUAAAAUUAUGACUGUGAAAGAUAUUAAAUUGUUAUAUGGUGCAGUUGAAAGUUUAAUAUAUUAUUCAUCAUUUGACAUUUUAAUAUUGCCACAUAUAAUAAAUCAUAGUAUUUCUGUUGGUUUCAAUGAUGAUAUUUUACAAUUAUUUACCAAGAUAAUUAAAGUAAAAGCUCCUCUAUGUCUUAAUGGUAUUAAUUUACAUAAGUGGAUAAAAUACAUCUUGGAUAUACGGGGUGCAAAAUUUGAUACUAUUAACUACUUCCAGACAGAGUUAAAAACUUUAUUAGAUAAUAAUGUAUCACUAAAUGCAUUAAAAAUAUUAAUUAUUUUGCCACAUCUGAAGCCUUUGCCAGAAGAAUUAAAAGAUACCUUAAAAAAAGGAAUAUUGUUAUUAUACAAGAGGAUAUUAAAUAAUACGAACACAGAGAUGGAAAUAAAUAAAUUAUGUUUGAUAUUCUUAAUCACUUUUGAAUCAGCAAUUCACAUUUUGGAAUUUGAAAUUUUGCACAAUUUUAUGGAAGAGAAUGAUAUAAAAAUAUUAGAACUCAUUAUUAAAUAUCCUGAUAAUAAAUUUAUUUUAAAUACAGUAGAUUUAUGUUUAACAUACUUUAGUGCAUCACAGUACAGAGAGAUGUACAUAAAUCAAAUUGUUUUAGAUAACUUAAAUAGCAGUAUUAUACAAAAAUUAAGUUCACCUUUCAGUGAAAUUCGCCUAAUAGUGACUCAUUUAUAUUCUUUAUUUUGCAAUGUCAAUGAAGUUAAAUUAUCAGUUACAAAUGAGAAAAUUGAAAUAAAUGCUAUAGAACAUAUGUAUUUAGCAGAAUGUGAACUUGCAACUGUACAAAAUUAUCGAAGUAAAUUAUUACACCUACAAGCAUUGUCACGUGAAAAUAACACAGUAACAAAUUUAAAUUUGAAAUAUCAUGAAAUUCCACUACGAUAUUUAUUAGGAAAUCUAUAUAUAAAUUUUUCCCUGUUGUGGGAACCUGUAAGUAAAAUUAUAGCUACCUAUGCUAUCAAGGAAUAUGAACAGUUUUGGCCUAUAUUCUUAACUGAGUUAAAAUGUGAUCAGAAAGAAAUUGUAGAUUAUAAACCAUUAUUUGAAUGUAAAGUUAUUUCUGAAAUAGGAAAUAUAAUACAAAUAAGCAAUGACAAACCAGACUAUGAAAAUCAUAAAAUUCUUAUGUGGAAAUGUAUGAUAAAUUUUCCAUAUUUUUAUGAGACAAAGAACAGAGAUAUAACAGGAUUAUUUAUUGAUUUUGUAAAUGAACAUUUUUUUAAGUCUAAUUCAGAAGAUGCCAACUGUUGUAACAUCUCAAAAGUGCAAAAAUCAACUGUUUCUAAUAAUAAUAUGAAAAGUGAUGCAAAAAAUGAGAGUGAUAAUGAAUCUGAGGAAAAUGAAGAAAAUGAAGAAACUGAACAAGAAGAAAAUGAAAUUACAACUUCUAUGAAUACAAAAUUAAAACAAAUAGUUACAGAGUCUAAGCAAAUAAGUAACUUUAUAAUGAGUAAAAACUAUAAAGUGAAACUUUUAAUUGCUCAACUUGAAAUAUUUGAAAAGAUAACAAAUCCAAAAACAUUGUAUAGAGAAUCAGAGAUUCGGAGAAUUUAUUUAGAUUUACUAUCAUCAAAAAAUUCUGAUAUUCAAAGGGCUGCUUUAAAUUGUCUUCUCACUUAUAAGUAUAAAUAUUUGUUGCCUUACAAAGAUAAUUUGUUUAAUUUAAUUAAUGAAAAAAAUAUGAAAAGUGAAUUAAUCUGCUUUAAAAUCGAUAAAGAAAGUAAUAUAAUACAAAAUGAACAUCGUGAUGAACUUAUACCUAUAGUGAUGAGAAUAGUUUACGCGAAAAUGAUUACAAAAGCAGGAAUGAAGAUGAUAUUACGUUUUUUAACUGGAACUGAGGAAAAUGAAAUGAUCAUAUUUACAGAUAUGGCAUUUAAACCUUUCAAGAAAUAUAUGCUGCCUGAUUUAAAUAAAACUAGCCAUCAACAAAUUAAUUUAAGACAACUUACACAAAAUAUUAUUAAUACUGUAGAUCUUAAUAAUGUUAUUCCACCUAAGCGUUUGCAAAGUGCUACAAAUUUACUUGCAAUUUUAAUAGAACAGUUUGGUAGUAAGAUGGAGCAAAAAUUAUUACCUUACUUACUUAGUUUGGUAAUAUGUAAUCUAGCAGAAGUAACUGGAAUUUUACAGAAAUCAAAUGAGAUUCAUGUUGGUUACUUAAAAUCUAUUAAGAAUGUAAGAUCAAGUUGUAUUUCAAUAUUAGCAAGAUUCUUUAGUCAUUUUGAAGACUAUAAAUGGAAUGAAUAUGAAAUAGAUGCUUUAUUUAAUGUGGCUGUAUUUCCAUGGUUGGAAAAGUUACCUAUGGAAGGUAUACACAGUCCUACUCCAUUAUUAAAGCUGUUUAUAGCAUGGAGUAAAAACUCACGUUACUAUCCCUUAUUUAUAAAACAUCAUAAGGAUAGCAAAUCUAUUAGUUCCCUUCCAUAUAUAAUACAACUUUUAUUAAAUCCAAAAACUAAUGCAUCAGUAAUUAAUGCUAUUUUUGAAAUGCUUGAAAAUAUGGUAACAUUGCAAGAUUAUGGAAAGGUAAAUCAAAAUGAUAUGGAAAUUGAUACAGCUUUUGUUCCUUUGAUACCUAUACUCAAUAACUUACUUGAAAUAAAUGAGGAUGUUUUAUCUAAUGGUAUUAAUUAUGGGUCUACUAUACUUCUUCCUCAUGUGUUUAGUAUUCUACAGUUUAUUAAGAAGAAACUUGAAAACUCAAAUAAGGGAAUUGGUAAAUCAGAACUUGUGAUUUUAUCACGUAUUUCAGAGUUUGUGAAAGAUGCAGAUGCAUGUGAUAUAGUUCUCACUCUUAUUUUACCAAUACUAAUUAAAAAGAGUGGCGCUGGUGACGGAGAAGAAACGAUUAUUGAAUUAAUUACAACUGUAAUAAAUCUUAUAAAACAAGUAAAGAAACCAACUACGCAUAUACGUGCAAUUUUGCCUUUAUUAGGUACAGUGUCCACAAUUUCUGCUCGUAAACUGCUCUUAGAACUUUAUAAAACUAUUGUUGAAAAGUCUACUGCAGAUUGUCGUGACACAUUUGUAAAAAAUUACAAUUUAAUAAGUUCACUUAACGCAUAUGAUCGCAAAUGGAUCGAUCAACCAGAUUUUCAAAAAAGAUUGGAUGCUUUUUCUGAAAUUCAUAAAGGGAUAGAAAAGAAUCAAAUUACAUUGGAUUUUGGUGUAGGAAUUAUUUAUAAUUGUUACUACUUUCUUAAAAAUGAAACAGAUUUAGCAUUGAGAGAUAAUGCAGGUCAAUUCCUUAAACUUCUUGGUUGUAAAUUGGCAAAGGAACAUAAAGAAAAUAUAACAGAUAGACGUUAUUUAAUGGACAAUACAAUUUUACCACUUAUAAGAAAAGGGAUAACUAGCAAAAUUGAAGUUGUAAGAUUUCAAUCAAUAGCCUUUUUGGGACAUUUGGCUAUGGAAUGUUCUGAUGUUCAUCCUAUUUUACGAGAUUUAUCUUUAUUAACUAACAAAGUAGAUCCUGAAGUAGAUUUCUUUGAAAAUAUGCAACAUUUACAAUUGCAUAGGAGAGCUCGGGCAUUGCUUAAAUUUUGUAAUGUAGCAAAAACAUUGCAAAAGUCUUUUAAUCCAAGAACAUUAACACAGUUCAUUCUUCCUCUUGCCUCUUCAUAUUUAUGUAAUGAAGCUUUUAUACACAAAAAUAGUAUUAUUGAUGCAGCAAUAGAAACAGUUGGAACUGUAUGCAGACUUUUACCAUGGCAUCAAUAUGAGAUUAUUUUGAAACAUUACUUAGAAAAACUAAGAAAUUCUAUUGAAUUUCAAAAACAGCUUGUUAGAAUUAUUGUUAUUAUUUUAGAUUCUUUUCAUUUUGAUUUAUCAAAAUAUAAAUCUGCAAACAAAUCUUUAGAACUAAAAUGCACUGAAGAAAUUUUAGUAAAAGAAAUAACUCCUAACGAAACAAAGCAAAAAGAUGAAAUUAUUGAUAGAGAAGUUGAUAAAGAAAGUGAUAAGAAGAAUAUGGAACAAGAAGCAGAAGAAAAAUUAGAUGAAAUUCUAAAUUCUGAAAAUGUAGAUAAUAUUGAAGAAAUUGUAGAAAAAGUUCAAAAAGAUACACAAGAAGAAGUACCUGUAAUGGAAAAGCAAAUAAUUCUUUCACAGUCUGGAGCAGAGCGAAUUGUUUUUAGUAUAUCCAAAGAAUUAUUACCUCAACUUCAUCGUUCUAUUAUAGCAAGAACGAGUCAUGAUAAUAGCCAUAGGAUUAACAAAAAAAAGUUUGCGAUAGAUAAUGAAGAAGAAGAAUUAAUGCGAGUUCCUAUUAUUCUUGCAUUUGUCAAAUUAUUACAAAAAUUACCCGAAUAUAUUUUAGAAUCUAAUUUACCAGGAAUUUUUAUGAAAUUAUGUACAUUCUUGAAGUCUCGUUUAGAGUCAGUACGACGUGUUACUCGGGAAAUAUUACAAAAAAUUAUGAUAACUCUAAGUCCAAAAUAUCUUCAUUAUCUUUUAAGAGAAAUGAAUACUUUACUAACCAAAGGUUUUCAAGUUCAUGUUCUCGCAUUUACAGUACAAUCAGUGUUAGUUGCUUUGAAACCAUAUUUUCAAAAAUUUGAUAUUAAUCAAAACCUUCAAAGCAUUUUAUCUGUAUGUAAAAUAGAUUUAUUCGGGCUAACAGCAGAAGAAAAAGAAGUAAUAGGAAUUGUAAAAAAUGUUACAGAAGCAAAAUCUACAAAAAGUUUUGAUAUAUUUCAUAUAUUAGCACAGUAUAUUACUGAAUCAUGUUUAGUGGACUUAAUUUUGCCAUUAAAAGAAGUGAUUGUAAAAAAUCACUCACAUAAAACUAUUCAGAAAGUAGUAGAAUGUUUGAGAAAUAUUGUAUUAGGUUUAGCUGACAAUACCUUUAUACCAUUAGAACAAAUGCUAAUAUUUCUUUAUGGAAUAGUUUCUGAAAGCAUUCCUGAACUCAUGCCUGAGGAAAAUAAUAAACAAGUUACAGAAAAGGAAAUAGAAAUACUUGUUAGACAGAAACCUGAUUGCUUUAUUAUACCCCCAGAACCAAAAAAUAAAAUGGGUGUAAAAGCUAUUUCAAGGAUGUCGAAAAAUACGAAUGUUCAUAUCAUUAUAGAAUUUGGUUUAAAACUGUUUCAUAUUCUAUUAAAAAGAGAUAAAAUAUCAAAUUCAGACUUAAAGCCUUUGAUAGAUCCAUUUGUACCACUUAUAAGCGAGUGCUUAAGAUCUCAACAUGUUAAGCUAAGCACAUUAAGUUUGCAAUGUUUAAACUGGUUGCUCAAAAUGGAUUUAUCUUCAAUACAAGAAAAAAUCUCUGAUAUUUGUUCAUCUAUUUUUGAUAUAUUGCAUAAAUAUGCUGUAGCUGGCUUAAACAAAGGAGAUAAUUUCGAUUUAGUGAUGGCUGGUUUCAAAUGCAUGUCUGUAAUUGUUCGUGACGUGAAACAUUAUAUAAUUAGUACGGAUCAAUUGAAAGCUUUGAUUAUGUAUGCUGAGCAAGAUAUACACAAUGCUGAUAAACGAGCAACAGCAUUUGGUUUACUCAAAGCGAUAAUCGCUCGAAAAAUGGUUUUUCCAGAAAUGUAUCUUGUUAUGGAAAAGGUUGCCGCUUUAAGCAUUACAUCAGAAUUAGAACAUGUUAGAUUACAAUCACGUUCCGUUUUUUAUUCUUACUUAAUGGAAUAUCCUCUUGGGAAACAUUUAAAUAAACAUAUAGUAUUUUAUUUGACACAAAUUAGUUACGAAAUGCAACCAGGUCGACUUAGUGCUUUAGAGAUGAUACACAGUAUAGUUACAGGAUUUCCAUUAAAAACUUUGAUCUUGAAGUCAGAUCUCAUAUUUAUUAUGGUGGGUGCUAGAUUAAUAAAUGACGAUGAUCCAAUGUGUCGUAAACUGUGCGCUAAAUGUAUUAAAGAAAUGAUUACACGAAUACCUUAUAAUAAAAGAAGCAAACUUUUUGAUAUAGUUGUUGCGUGGUUAAAAGAUACUAAAGUAAUACAUCGAACUCUAGCUGCACAAUUAUGCGGUAUAUUUGUAACAGUAGAGAAAGAUACUUUUGAGUCUCGCCUAAAAGAAAUAGUGCCGCUCCUUUUAAAACAAUUUUACGCAAAUUGUAAUGAUAAUGACAAACCUGGUCGUUUUGUAAAAUUACAUGUGGAAAACAAAACUCAAUUAAAAAUGUACCAUAAUAUUAAAGAUCCAGAGAGAAUGAAAGAUCAUCAUAUGUUUCAAGUACUACAGCUGUUACUAAAGAUAUCGGCAAAUUGUACGACAUUUUUCAAAAGUGAAGAAUACAAAGAAGCUAUUCAUUCAUUUGCUGAAUAUAGUCAAAACUUAUUGGCUCAUCCUCACAUAUGGGUACGUUUAGCAGCGUCGCAAAUGAUCGGUUUUAUUUUAGCUGUACUUGAUGUCGAUAAGAUUGUAGAUCUUUUAGAAAAUCCUGAAAAAUGUAAAACAGAAACUAGUUACUUGUAUUCCGAUCCUACUUCCGUUAUAAGAAGUUUAACUUUAGAUUUAAUUGCGCAACUACACCCUGAUAUGAUAUUAGAAGAAUUAACCGAUCAAACCGUUAAGAAUUUAAUUUUUAUCGGGAGAAUUUUGAAAUCUGUAAAAACGGUUAAUACAAUGACGAUCAAUCCAGAUGAUGAAAUGGAAGAUAAAGAUAGAAAACAAUUGUCUCUCUCUUGGCUCGUUAGAAGAUUAAGAAAAGCUGUAAAUAUAGAAAUAGCUCAAGCUCCUAAGUCAAUAACAGUGAGAACUGCUUUCUUUAAGUGGGUUGCUGGAGCAGUUGCUACAAUAUCCAUGGAGUAUUUAAAUGUAGUACUUUAUAACAUUAUGUCACCAAUCGUACGUGAAAUAUCGGCUACGGAAGAAAAAAAUGUCACUUUGAGACGUCUAGCUAAAGAAGCAAAUAUGAUGAUUAAAAAGCAUUUAGGUAACGAAGAAUACACUAGAUUAUUGAGUCGAACACAACAGAAUUUAGAUAUUAAAAAAGCAGAAAGGAGAAAAAUGCGAAUGCAACAGUUUGUAACGGAUCCGGAAUUGGCUGCUAAACGUAAAAUUUCAAAACAGCAGAAAAAGAAAGAGUCUAGAAAAAGAAAAUUGGAUAAAGUAAGAGGAAAAAUGUCUAAGAAACGUCCUAAAAAAGAAGUUGACUUAGAUGUUAUAUAA